ACUAACACAAAAACCCUUUCCGUCUCUCUAUAGUCUCCACCAACACUCGCUUCUAUCUCUCUCUAAUGGCGGCGGCGCAGAUGGAUCCCGAUGCAGUGGCGAAGGCCUUCGUGGAGCAUUACUACUCGACCUUCGACAACAACCGUGUAGGUCUGGGAGGUCUCUACCAGGAAGCUUCAAUGCUCACCUUCGAAGGUCAGAAGAUCCAAGGAGUCCAGAGCAUCGUCGCCAAGCUCACCUCUCUCCCUUUCCAGCAGUGCAAACACAACAUCUCCACCGUCGAUUGCCAGCCUUCUGGCCCCGCCUCCGGUAUGCUCGUUUUCGUCUCCGGCAACCUCCAGCUCGCCGGCGAGGAGCACGCUCUCAAGUUCAGCCAGAUGUUUCACUUGAUGCCGACGCCACAAGGAAGCUUUUACGUGUUUAAUGAUAUAUUCAGGUUGAACUACGCCUGAAGAGGAAUCUCGGAUUGUUUUAGCAUACAUCAAUGUUGCAUUCCUACUUUAUACUAUUCUAGCAAUGAUAUUUAUCUUGAGAACAGAGCAAAAUCGUCUCGUUUGUAUUUGGGUUUUGUUCAUUUGUCAUUUACAAAUCUAAUGACUCCAUGAGACAAUUUGAAAGGGUUUCCAAUAUGCUUUUUCAUCUGAA